AUGGGAGAAAACGCAGAGUAUUGCGAGACCGCAACCGGCAAUGGGCUGAACAACGGAGACCUGCACCACCGUCAGCAAGGACGGAACGCCGUAACUCGUAAGGGGCUCAGCGGCGCGAUCUGGAGCGGAAGGAGUUUGGCGACGGAAGGGGAUGGGUCAUGGGGGGAAUACCUUGAGCUUGAGGGAGAGGGGAGGGAGGAUGAGGGUGCCCUUCUUCUGCAGGACCUUGCCGAUGUUAUUGCCAGCGGUGCCCGCCAGCGUCAGCGCCACCGACUCCCAUAUCUCGCCUCCGACGGCGCCGAUCCGAUCGAACCCCUUCGUGCGCCGUGCGCCGGGCUAAGAGGGAUUGGAGACCGGCUUCCUUUUGGAGGGGUGGAGGAGCAGGAGCAGGAGCAGGAGCAAGUGGAGGAGGAGACCACGAGGGAGCGAGGUGGCCGAGUCGUGGCAGGGCUGCGCUUUUCUCGGCCGCGCGCCCGUGCUUGCAGGUGCCGCGGCUCGUAG